AUGGAAUAUUAUGCUAUUGUUAAUUUAUGUGAUGCAAUACUAUCAAGAAGAGAAUCUAAAUUAUCUGGAUUUUGUUUUAAAAUAGAAGCAACUAAUAAAACAAUGUGUUAUAAAUAUGGGUUAUGUGGGGAAAAGUUAUCAAGAUAUCAUGACAAUAUAUUAGUCUUUAGAGAUGAAAAUAUUUCUCGUGGUAAAGAGUGGUAUAGUCAAUUUGAAAAUGCUUUUGUUUUGGCUUAUACUAAAUAUAAUAGUCCUUCUUCACAUAUUGAAAAUAAAACUUCUAUUCAAAGUCCAAAAAUUGUAACCAAUAAUGUAACUGAACCAAAUGUAAAUCCUAAUUCUUCAGAAUCUAUUACAAUAAAAGAAACAAGUUCUUCUUCUGAUAUUGAAGAUAUUGUUGAUGUAGAUACAUUACUAGAUAAAAAAUCUACAUCUCAUUAUGUGUUAGCACAAAAUAGUUUAAAAGAAUUUUUUGAUGCAAGUGAAGAAGGUAAAUCAAUUAUUUGGGACUUAUUAAAACAAUUAAGACCAGGAAUGGAUCUCGGUAGAAUCUCCUUUCCAUCACAUAUCCUUGAACCACGUUCAUUCUUAGUUAAAACAACAGAUUAUUUUGCUCAUAUUCAAUACUUUAAACCAAUAAGUGAAGAACCAGAUCCUGGAUUAAGAAUGCUUGGUUUAGUUAAAUGGUUAUUAAGUGGAUUCUAUUUAAUGCCGACUGGUAUUAAAAAACCUUAUAAUCCAAUUCUUAAUGAAACAUUUAGAACUAUGUGGAAACAUGAAGAUGGAAGUAGAUCUUAUUUACUUGGAGAGCAAGUCAGUCAUAGACCAACAAUAUCAGCUUUUUAUGCAACAAAUAGACAACAAGGAUGGAUGGGAAAUGGAUACAUCGAUUUUACUACUAAAUUUAAUGGAUUGAGUGCUUCAAUUAUUCUUGGAGGUAAAAUUGAUAUAUAUUUAUUAAAUUUUAAUGAACAUUAUACUAUGACAUUCCCUGAGGCACUUGCCAGUGGAUUUUUUGUUGGUCCAAUGUUAAUGGAAAUUGCAGGAAAAUCAGUAUUUGAGUGUAAAGAAACUGGAUAUAAAGCAGAAGUAAUUUUUAAUGUAAAAGGAACAUUUUCAUCUGAUAAGUAUCAAACAGUAGAUGCUAAAAUAACUAAAAAUGGGGAAGAAGUUUAUAAAAUAUGGGGAAAUUAUUAUAAAGAACUAUUUUAUUGUGGCAGAGAUAAAGUAAAGAAAAGUUUAUUAAAGAUUGAUGAGAUUAGGGGAAAAAAUGUACCAAGAUAUACUAUUGAUAUGAACCAACAAGGAGAAUGGGAAAGUGAUAGACUUUGGAAAAAUGUAACAGAUGCAAUUUAUAAAGGAGACCAAAUAACUGCUACUGAAGAAAAAUGUAAGAAUGAAGAAAAACAAAAAAAUAUGGAAAAUGAAUAUCUAUCAACUGGAACAGUUCAUAUCCCAAAAUAUUUUGUUAAAGACUCAUUUCUUGGAUGGAAAUAUAUUGAUUUCAAUAAUUCAAAAUUUAAUCCUGAUAAAGAACUUGGAGAUUAUGAAGAUAAUUAUCAUAUUAAAACAUUGUUAAAAGAACAAAAUGAAUGUGUUGAUGAUGGAAACCAAAUAAAAGAAGAACUCCUUACUUCAUCCAUUGAAACUAAUAAUAAACCAAUAAUAACAAAUAAAGAAUCAAACCAAUUAAUAGAAUUGAAGAAUGAACUUGAAACACUUAGAAAUCAACUCCAGUGUUCAAUUAACUCUAUUCAAUCGUCUACUCUUCAACAAAUUCAUAAACAAAUUGAGCCAUUACAAAGAAGACUAUUAGUUGUGAUUCUUAUGAAUCUUGUGUUGAUAAGUAUGCUCAUUUAUUUGCUUCUUCAGUAA